AUGAAGAUGAAUGCUAUUAUUCUCCUCUUGUUUAUUGCUCUCUUCUCAUCCUCAUAUACCUUCCAAUUAGUCUCUUGCUAUGGUGAUUCUGAUUUCUGUGUAGCAAACCUACUCACUCCAUACACCUCUUCAGGGUAUGAAUGCAAACCACCAAAAGAUGUAACCGUGGACGAUUUUGUUUUCUCUGGCUUUGUUUCUGGAAAACCAAUAGACCCAUUCAAUAUUAGAUUAACCGUUGCAUCAGUCAACAAUUUACCAGGUCUGAAUGGACUUGAUAUCUCUGCGGCAAGAGUCGACGUGGGCGUAAAUGGAACUAUUGCAAUGCACUUUCAUCCGCAUGCAUCUGAAUUAUUUAUCAUGGUUCAAGGACAAUUAAAAGCUGGAUUUGUAACGCCACCGAAUCUUGUUUUUGUCAAAGAUAUUAAGCCCGGCGAUGUUAUGGUAUUUCCAGAAGGAGUAGUGCAUUUUGUAGUUAACUCUGGUGAUACUGUGGCUGUUGCUUUUGCUACUUAUACUACCUCAAACCCUAGCUUUCACUUUCUUGAUCAUCUACUCUUUGCAAACGACUUACCAACUUCUAUAAUUUCACAGUCUACUUUUCUUGAUUUUUCACAAAUUAUCAAGCUUAAGGCUCUGUUUGGUGGCAGUGGCUAGCUAGGAUUAUUACUUCUAUGUUUGU